UUAUCGACGGAGCAUGGUGCUCCUAGUCUUUAUUGGACUGUUUUAUUUAGACUGGUAUAGGAAGAUUGAAAUCGCAUGGUAUAGAAACGCAGAAAAACAUAUAAGCUCAUUUUAUGAUUCAAUGCAAACAAUAGAGAAUUUCAAAAUUCAAAGGAAUGGAAUAUGUGUUGUAAUAAAAUAUACGGCAAUUUCCAGGAACGACAAAAUGUAACUCGUGGCCAACGGAGCAGCCUUAGAGAGAUGAAAUAAAUGAAGAAUGUUUACUUCGACGUCGGCAGUAAAUAUCGUACAUUGUUUUUGCAUUCGUUCAUCUUACUAAAAUAUUCUAACUUACGAUCAUGCAAAAGAGUUUGUUUCAUUGGCAGGACGACUAAUUCAAUUUUGUAAACCACUUGCAUGUAUGAAGUUUAAAGAUAUAUAAGUAUGAUAUUUUGUUACAAGUGAUAAAUGUGAAAAAAUGGAUGCGGAUCUAAUCAGGAUUCAAGUAAUUGAUUUGUGUUUAUGUGGCAAGUACUCUCCUGUAUGUUUUUACGUCGCUUGAAGAAAAUGGAGUAAGAACCAUCUUUCCAUGAUGAUAUUUUUAGCUUAUUCUGUGAUAGUAUCACUGCCAUUUUUCCUGGCCGUUUUCGGAACGUUAGUUGUAAGCAUUUUCAUUUACCUUAAAUCUAUUUUACGAAACUCGUCAAGUAUUCCAAAGUUAUACUUCAAAGAAUCAGCGUUAGCAUCACAUUUGCUCAAAAGGUGCCGAUUGAUGAACCGGAAGUUUGACCCUCCCUGGUGGCUUGCAAACGCACAUGUGCAAACGAUACUGCCGUUCAUUCUUCCGUGUGAGGAAAUCGAAUUCGACAGAGAGUACUUACAAAUGAAAGACAAGGGAGUGGUUGCCCUCGACUGGGUAGUUCACGUAUCUAUCCACAAGAGGAAACGUUGUACAGUGCUGUUAGUUAUACCUGGUUUUACUGCAGAUGCAUUAUCUGUCUCUAAAAUGUGUAGCCUAGCAGCGCAUAAAGGAUAUAGACCUGUAGUUUUCAAUCCUAGAGGGUUUGGCAACUCUAAUCUUACCACACCCAAGAUACUUAGUUAUGGUGAUCCAACGGACUUACGACAGGUCGUAAAAUAUAUACAUGGAUGUUACCCAAAAGCUUUCAUUACAAUGUUAGGCUAUGGAAACGGCUGUUCAUUAUUACUAUCGUAUCUCGGAGAGUAUGGCUCCUCAGCGAAUGUAUGUGCAGGCGCGUGCAUUUCUGCAUGCUUCGAUUAUACAGAACGCUUUACAAAAGAUAAACGAGGAAUAUACGAUUUUCUAUAUUUAUUAAAAUUAAAGUGUACCAUAGGCGCUCAUUCGAAAGCUCUUUCGAACAAAGUCGACUUCAACGAAUUGCUCAGGGAAUGGUCUUACAGAAGAUUUGACGAGGUGGUAUAUUCCAAAAUAUAUGGAUUUUCAAAUGUAGAAGACUUCUGGGAGAAAAAUAAUCCAUUAAGAGACGUCGAUGAAAUUGCAGUACCUCUUCUUUUUAUAAAUAGUCUAGACGAUCCAUUUUAUUCAAAUAUCAAAAUUCCAUAUGAACUUUGUAAAUAUUAUCCCCAAUUUCUUAUGGUAGCAACUGACAAAGGAGGACAUUGCAGUUUCAUGGAUAAGAUCUGUGACGUCACCUGGGCUGAAAAACUUGCAAUAGAUUAUAUAGAUUCUGUACUAGAGUUUACAAACAAAGGACAUACUAUAAAAUAUGGAAAGAGUCCGGUGCGAUCAACAAUUUAGUUGUUUGAGUUGUGUUUAUGAUAAACUGAAAGGUGUCUUUUCUGACACAAAAUCUUGCCGGUGUAAGAAAACAUGCUAGACAAUAAAAGCAGUGGUGAAAUGGAAUGGCAAUCAAAUGUUCCCCUUCAUGUCAAGUCAAAGGUCCCCUUUCAUAUCAAACUUUGUUAUUUUGUCAGGCUAAAUGAUAAAUUUCAUGACAGAUAUGACAUAACUUUAAUUGUAAUUAAAUUUCGUGAUACAAUGGUUCUAGCGGGCAACUUCUGGUAAACUGUAAAUAUACGAAUAUGAGUUUUACACAUGAAAUGUAUUUUGUCUUAAAUUACAUACCAACCAACCACUUAACAUUCGUGUAAGACUGGAUAAAAUAGGGUUUCCAUAUUGUGUUGCUUCUAAAUGCAGUAGAACAUUGUUCUUCUAAAGGAUAUGCUUACGGAUAAUAUUAUAUCGUUAAUGAAAGCUACAAAAAUCAAGAAGGGAAAACAUGUUUCACAAGCGCAACCUCCCGACUCUACUUUAAUCAGUAUUAACUCUUUGAGUGAAAUUUUCAGAGAAUAUUUGUAUCAUUUUACAUUGUAAAUUGAUAUUUAAGUUUAUAUAUAAAUUAUUGAAGUUCAUUGGAAAUAG